AGAGGGAGACGGUGGAAGGUAACGCAGGGAGGCAGCAUCAUGGCGGACAGAGACAGUGGCAGUGACCACGGAGGGCCCAUCGCAGGCCCCGGCUCGCUGCCCCCAGGCGCGAUGGGCGCCAUGUCCCGGCUGCAGCACGACACCGAGGAGCUCGCCUCCAAGCGUGUCGACAUCCAGAACAAACGCUUCUACCUUGAUGUGAAGCAGAAUGUUAAAGGCCGCUUCUUAAAGAUAGCCGAGGUCGGCGCUGGGGGAAACAAGAGCCGCCUGACGCUCUCCAUGUCCGUGGCCGUGGAGUUCCGCGACUAUCUCGGGGACUUUAUCGAACAUUACGCCCAGCUGGGCCCGACGAACCCGGACAUGGUGCAGGAUGAGCCCCGGCGGGCACUGAAGAGCGAAUUCCUGGUGCGGGAGAAUCGGAAAUAUUACAUGGAUCUGAAAGAGAACCAGAGGGGGCGGUUCCUGAGGAUCCGGCAAACCGUUAAUCGGGGCCCCGGAUUGGGAAGUGCGCAAGGCCAGACCAUCGCUCUGCCGGCGCAGGGUCUUAUCGAGUUCCGCGACGCUCUGGCCAAACUCAUCGACGACUACGGCGUGGACGAGGAGCCGGCGGAGCUCCCGGAAGGCACCUCGCUCACGGUCGACAACAAGCGCUUCUUUUUCGACGUGGGCUCCAACAAGUACGGCGUGUUCAUGCGGGUGAGCGAGGUGAAGCCCACGUACCGGAACUCCAUUACGGUGCCCUGCAAAGUGUGGUCCAAAUUCGGCAACACCUUCUGUAAAUACGCGGAGGAGAUGCGGAAGAUCCAGGAGCGGAGUAGAGAGAAGCGGGCCUCCGAACUGCUACCUGAGGGCCCGCACGGCGCCGACGACGGCGACGAUGACUGACUGAGGAUCUGAGAGGAGCCGAGGUGAACCGAGCAAGACGAACCCGAACUGUGUGAGAGAGAGAGGAGAAAAAAACGAGACUUUUAACUGUAAAAUAGAAGGAGAUUUUCCACGGGAAUCACCCCACACACACACAACCUCCACAGACAUGGCAGCACCUCUGCUGCCUCCUCGCUCAUUUUACUGGAUGUCACCCCACUUACCACCCAUGUAACAGUAAGCCGCUGCUAUCAAGGAUCGAGCUGUAAGAUAUGAACUGUUUCCUACGUGGUUACAACGACAAUGAACAGAGUGUUUAUAGUCUCUCUCUCUCUCUCUCUCUCUCUAUCAAUGACAUAUUUUGCACACAUCAAAGCGAAAGGAUAUUUCUUACUGAAAUAUGGCCUUUCCCUGACUACAUGACGAUGGUGCUUACUUUGGCUUUGACAUCAAGCUCAUCCCAUUCAUCUCAACGUCAUCACACCUCGCGUCCUCACACACCAUUACUUUCUGUUAUGUACUCUCACUACCUUAUUAAAUUUCUGUUGAUGGCAAAUAAAAAGAAGGGUGUGCUGUUUUGUACAUUUGCUGUUUGUUUUAAUGUUUUUUGGGAGCCUUGUUGUCUGAAAAAUGACUAAUCGCGCAAUAAAAUGUCAUUCCACGUG